CUAAUACAAACCGAAAUCACCAUGGCUGACGAGGUCUACGAUGGCGCGAUCGGUAUCGAUCUUGGCACGACAUAUUCCUGCGUGGCCAACUACGAGGGAACCAAUGUCGAAAUCAUUGCCAAUGAACAAGGAAGCUUUACCACUCCUUCCUUCGUCAGUUUCACGGACAAGGAGAGAUUGAUUGGAGAGUCUGCAAAGAACCAGGCUGCUAUGAACCCAAGAAAUACCAUCUUCGACAUCAAGCGAUUGAUCGGACGCCGAUUCGAUGACCCAACAGUCAAGAAGGAUAUCGAGUCGUGGCCAUUCAAGGUCAUCGACCAAGAGGGCAGCCCUAUGGUUGAGGUUGAGUACCUUGGAGAGAACAAGAUCUUCUCGCCUCAGGAGAUCUCCUCCAUGGUUUUAACCAAGAUGAAGGAAGUCGCCGAAGUCAAGCUUGGCAAGAAGGUUUCUAAGGCUGUUAUUACCGUCCCCGCCUACUUCAACGACAACCAACGUCAAGCUACCAAGGAUGCCGGUGCUAUCGCUGGUCUCAACGUCCUUCGUAUCAUCAACGAGCCUACUGCCGCUGCUAUCGCAUAUGGUCUUGGUGCCGGAAAAUCCAACAAGGAGAGAAACGUUCUGAUCUACGAUCUCGGUGGCGGAACUUUCGAUGUGUCUCUUCUCAACAUCCAGGGUGGUGUCUUCACAGUCAAGGCUACCGCUGGUGAUACCCACCUCGGCGGACAGGAUUUCGAUACCAACUUGCUUGAGCACUUCAAGAAGGAAUUCCAAAGAAAGACAAAGAAGGACAUGUCCAACGACCCCCGUGCCCUUCGACGUCUCCGUACUGCUUGCGAGCGUGCCAAGAGAACUCUUUCCAAUGGUGCUCAAACUACUGUUGAGAUUGAUUCCUUGUUCGAUGGCGAGGACUUCAAUGCCCAAAUUACCCGUGCCAGAUUUGAGGACCUCAACUCGAAGGCUUUCAAUGGCACUUUGGACCCUGUUGCCCAAGUCUUGAAGGAUGCCAAUCUUGACAAGAGCAAGGUUGAUGAGAUUGUCCUUGUUGGUGGAUCCACCCGUAUUCCCCGGAUACAAAAGCUUUUGAGCGAUUUCUUCGACGGCAAGAAGCUUGAGAAGAGCAUCAACCCUGAUGAGGCUGUUGCUUAUGGUGCCGCUGUUCAAGCUGGUAUCCUUUCCGGAAAGGCCACCUCUGCUGAUACCGCCGAUCUCCUUCUAUUGGAUGUCGUUCCUCUUUCUCUCGGUGUUGCUAUGGAGGGUAACAUCUUCGCCCCAGUCGUUCCCCGCGGCCAAACUGUACCUACGAUCAAAAAGAGAACCUUCACCACCGUUGCGGAUAAUCAACAAACUGUCCAGUUCCCCGUCUUCCAAGGCGAGCGUGUCAACUGCGAGGACAACACUUCUCUCGGAGAGUUUACACUCGCGCCCAUUCCUCCCAUGCGCGCAGGUGAGGCCGUUCUCGAGGUCGUCUUCGAGGUCGAUGUCAACGGUAUUCUCAAGGUUACUGCCACUGAGAAGACCUCAGGCCGCAGUGCCAAUAUCACCAUCUCCAAUUCUGUUGGCAAGCUUUCUUCUAGCGAGAUCGAGAGCAUGAUCAACGAUGCCGAGAAAUUCAAGAACAGCGACGAGGCUUUCAGUAAGAAAUUUGAGGCUAGACAACAACUCGAAUCUUACAUCUCGAGAGUCGAGGAGAUCGUUUCCGACCCAACUAUGUCCCUCAAGAUCAAGCGUGGAAACAAGGACAAGAUUGAAUCCGCUCUUAGCGACGCCAUGGCACAACUUGAGGUUGAGGAUUCAACGUCUGAUGACUUGAAGAAGAAGGAGUUGGCACUCAAGCGUGCCGUCACCAAGGCUAUGAGCACCCGAUAAAUUAUUUUCUGCUUGUUGACACUCUCGGAGCACUGGGAUUGGACUUUGCUGCAUGGAUUUAUAAGAUCAUGGAUUGGCCUAUCUGCUUUCCGGCUCUCUCUCACUGGGAUCAUAAAAAGUCAUUUGCGAGUUUCUGAUGUGGUUACUCUUUAUGAAUCCCGGGAUGUUUUCCUUCUUCUUCCUAUGGGCAUAAAGCGGCUUGUAGAACAUGGAAGAAGGGGAACGUUAAUCAAAUUGACACAUUGACCAAAUCUGCAAACCAAUUU